GUCUUCUCAGUAAGGAUGCAUGCUUGAAUUUGAAUUCAUGCAAGAGCUAACAGCUUCACAACAUAUUAGCUAAAGAUUAGAGGAAUAGUAAGGUAGUGAGCUCUGUUGGAAAAGUGUGUGACUCGCGUGUGUGUGUGUGUCUACAGUCUAGGUGAAAAAGGUGAUAUAUUAACCGGCGUGGUUGAAAUUGCUAGCUUAUUCUGUGUAGUCAGAGUAGUAAGCUUAUCCACAGGCAUCACUGUUUGAGAGGAGCCCAGUCCACUUGCAAUGAAAGCGGGCGUAAUCCAUUGCCGUUGUUCAAAAUGUUACUCGGUUCCAGUGCGGAAGCGGGUCCGUAAGCGAACUCCAGCCCUGACGUUGCUGUCUCUUCCUGAGGAGGUCCUCUUAUGUGUGCUCCAGUGCCUCUCUGCUGAGGACCUGCUGGCUGUCAGAGCAGUCCACUCGCAACUGCGGGACAUAAUUGACAACCACUCCAGCGUGUGGGCCAGGGUCAGUUUCAAAGACACCUGGCCAGCCCCUAACACAGUGUGGCUCUUUGAAAGAGCUGCAGAAAAAGGGAAUUUUGAGGCGGCUGUGAAGCUCGGGAUUGCAUAUUUGUACAAUGAAGGGCCAUUAUUGAGUGAUGAGGGACGGGCGGAUGUGUGUGGUCGGAAGGCCUCCCACUUCUUCAGCCUGGCAGAGAGCCUGCGUUCUCCUUUGGCAAAUCCCUUUAUCUGGGUUUUCAUCCGUCCCCCUUGGUCCCCUACUGGCAGCUGUUGCAAGGCUGUGGUAUUUGACCGUCUUAAGGCUGAAUGUGACAACAACAUGGAGAAGAAAGGACCCCUGCUGCACUGUCUGGCCAGAGUUUUGCAGCUCUUUGAGGAAGAUGAAAAGCACAUGGAUGCCUUACUCAUGCUGGAGGAAUCGUCACAGGCUGGCUGCCUUCAGAGCUCCUACCUGUUGUGGGAACACAACCGUAGAAAUGCUAUGGCAGACCCAGGCAGGUACCUCCAGUAUGUGCGAACCCUCAGGGACUAUGCUGCCAAAGGAUGCUGGGAAGCACAGCUAUCCCUGGCCAAGGUGUGCAGCAGUGGGAAUCCUCUGGGUUUAGAGGGGAGGGCCUGUGCUGACCUAGUGGCCCAGCUCUUCAGCUCCUCUCCCCCAGCACCACGCCACCAUGCUGAGCAGAUCGUCAAACGGGGCAUUAAGGACACCAUGAGGUACAUCCUGGUAGACUGGCUUGUGGAGGUGACCACCAUGAAGGACUUCUCUAGUCUGACCCUGCAUGUGACAGUGGGUUGCGUUGAUCGUUACUUGGCUCUGCGCUCUGUUCCAAAGGCUCGCCUCCAGCUGCUAGGCAUCGCCUGCAUGGUUGUUUGCACACGCUACAUCAGUAAAGAAAUUCUGACCAUACGUGAGGCUGUUUGGCUCACAGACAACACCUACAAAUAUGAGGACCUGGUCCGCAUGAUGGGAGAGGUUGUCUCUGUGCUGGGGGGGAAGAUAAGGAGCCCCACACUGCUGGACUAUGGCGAGGUGCUUCUGUCCCUGCUGCCUCUGGAGAGACGGACCACUCACCUCUUUAGUUACAUCUGUGAGCUGUCACUGCUCUACUCUGCCCUCAGCACUCCGUCGCCUGCCAAACUGGCCUGUGCUGCAUUACUGCUUACACGUGCACUGCAUCACUAUGCUCCCAUCUGGCCUAGCCAGUUGGCUGACUAUACAGGCUUCUCCAAGCAAGACCUCAUACCCUUUGCUGUGCUGCUCCAUGUCAAGUGUUUCAGUCAAGAUGUUCCCAAAGACUACAGGCACGUGUCUCUCACUGGUGUUAAGCAGCGCUUUGAGGAUGAGGCCUACCAGCAGAUCAGCAAAGAAAACGUGAUGGACUUCAAAGAGCUGUGUCAGAUUUUGGAGAUCCCUGAGGUGGAGCCUCAGAUGGACCCUCCCAGUCCCACUGGCCAACCAGCAGACAUCACCACCUUUCUCUCCUCCCCAUCCAGCAACAGCAAGAGGAGAUGUGAUGACAGCAUGCAGGCCCACAGAGGAAGCUUUGUGGCCACACCCACGGCUGAGUUGUCCACUCAGGAGGAGACGCUGCUGGGCGACAUCCUGGACUGGAGCCUGGACACUUCUUGUUCCGGUUAUGAGGGCGACCAGGAGGAGAGCGAGGGAGAGAGAGAUGGAGAGACUUCCAUCAUGGCCAUCAAACUCAACAUGUUGAUGAAUGCAGACAGUAGACUAGAGCACUGCCGAGCUAUGUCCAGUGAUGAAGACAGCUUCUGUGAAGCGGAAGAGGCAAAGAACAAGAACGGUCAGGACCAGGAUCCCCUCUCAUUUUCCAAAGACCUUCACAGCUCAGGAUACUCUUCUGUCUCCGGUGCUAGCCCCUCCUCCACAUGCUCCUCCUCCUCCCUGAUGCCGUGCACUUUUAAGACCAUUCCCACUGCCUCUGGCACAGCCUCUGCCAAUGCCCAGCCAGGCUUCCGCCUCUUAGUGCCCAUGCAGAGGCCGAGGGGCUGCUCCAGCAAACCAGUGAAGAGGAAGAACACAGCAGCCCAUAGUGGAGGAGAGAUGGAGAGGGAAGAUGGGGAAGAUGAAGGAGAGGAGAACUCUGCCACUUUGGGGUUUCUGAGCCUGUAAGCAGUAGUUUUUUGGCCUGGCAUGGAUCUGACUAUUCUCAGCAGCACCCACUCCAGCACUUUUGUUUUUGUUCUUGAUGCUGUUGCUCACUCCUGACAGUCUGCACUGGUCACCAGAAGAUCAGGAUCCGUUUGAGGUUUAAAACAAAAGGGAUAGGACAAUAAUAAGAGUUUUGACUUAAAAUCCUGCCUUUCUUUUACAUGUUACAUUUCAUUUAAGUGUUUACAGGUAUGGCACAAUAAAAAUACCUCCCAUGAGCCUAAACAGUACAUCCACUUACUCACAUGCAGCUCUGAAACCACUGGAACAUGCCUUGACUUUCCUCAGGACCCUGGUACUAUGGUUGCCAUUUCUUUUGAUUCACAGCCUUCUGCAAACAAGCAUUCUCAGAUCUCAUCAUAUGGUUACAAGCUCAAAUGAAAUCUCAUGGACUUGUUUUAAAAAGAAAAAAAAAAACAUUCAAUGUGAAGAUGUUAACGUGAAGAACCUUAAACAUAGCUGGAAUGUUUUUGUGGUUGUUUUUCUAAUAUGCACUGUCUGUACAAGAACCUAACCAUUUUAUAAUUUUGGAUAGUCAUCGAGAAAUGACUACUCACUUGUCUGCUUCAUGUAAAUGUGUCUGAAGCCGUAAAAUGAUUGUAUGAAUGAAGUUUUCCUCUUCAGUUCUGUCAAUUUUCAUAUAUGUGUAUGCCAAAGGUACUGUGGUAGUGUCAUUUAUGUUUUCAGGGGAAUCUACCUGUACUGAAAAGAGCUGUGAAAUGAGACUUUAAGUCAGCAUUUUCUCCAAGGGUCUUGUUUGUAUGUGUGCAUCCAUUGUGCUGUUCAUAAACAUUUUGAUCCAUAUUACUUUAGAGAUUACAUGACACACUAAACA